AUGCAAGACGCCCUAAUCUUCCUCCUCUUGCUCCCCUUGACGCUCUCCAUCCUCAUCGUCAGCCGGCGCCGGCAUGCGUUGGCGUGCGAGGCAGCCUACACGCGGCUCGCCGCAGUCAAGUCGGCCGUCCUCAGGAAGCUCCCCACUCUCGGCCGCCAGCCGGAGGUCUUCGUCACCGACCGUUUCGCCGCGCACCGCCUCCUUGUCAGCGGCGUUGCCGCGGGCGGCGCGCUCUCGGACCGCCCCCCUUCCAUCGUGCCCAGCGCCGUGCUCUCGCGCCACCGGCACUACAACAUCAACUCGGCGCCGUACGGCCCGCUCUGGCGCGCGAUCAGACGCAACCUCACAUCCGAAAUCUUCCACCCGUCGAGCCUCUGGCAGUACGGCCCCGCGCGCCGCCACGCCCUCCGCGGUCUCGUCGCGGACCUGCACCGCCAGUGCGCGUUCGGCGGUGCGGUGCUCGCGGCCAUGUUCGCCCUGCUCGCCACCAUGUGCUUCGGCGCUGGCGUCGACGCGGGCCUCGUGCGGGCAAUGGCCGAUGCCCAGGACGACCUCGUCCAGUGCUUCCUCGGACUGCGCGUCUUCGCCAUGCUCCCCGCGGUCACCGGGCUGAUCUACCCGAACCGAUGGAGGAAGCUGCUCCAGCCAACGUUUACAAUUUCGGCGAAAUAUCAUCCAAAUUUCUGA